UAGGUAUUCCACUUCCACCACUACCUUCCUACCAGGAGGGGGCGAUAAAAGGAGCGGCGUCUCCCUGGAAGGCACCGCUAUUGUUGAAGUGCUGGCCAGCUGUCGCAGAGUUUUAAGAUUGCAAAAUGUGCAGAUCAAGAUGACCUUUGAAUCCAAAGAGAAGCUGUACAAGGAAAAUGGCAAUUUAAGGGAAGUGCUGGAGCAACAUCCCCUUUGGUUUUGCUUUCAUAAUGGGAAGAUUCUGAAGAUCUUCCCCCAGGAGAGUGAGACAACCUGGGCGCUCAACAUCAAGCGUGGCAUCCUCAGCACUCUGCAGACGUCGUUGGAAGCAGCUCCCAAUAGCAGUAUGGAAGAGGUGGAUGUCUUGGGGAAAUGCCCAACCAACUAUCAGAGGAAAGGACCUCUCCUUUUGAAGACAAAAGAUUUAAACCUUUGUUCUCACCGGUUUUCUGGAUUUACUUCUCUGAGGUCUGUGGCUCUGCCCAGUGCACCACAGCAGCUCUUGUCAUCCAAGCUUGAAUGUGUUCAGAGGUUUGAGGAGGGGAUCCUGGCAGAAUCCCAGUGCACAGAGUCCCAUCUCAUUACACCUCCUGUGAGGGAGGGCAGUGGUGUGACGACGCAGACGCAGAUGUCAAUGAAGCUGUUCCGAAGGGAAGCUGGCAUCACAGCCCGUGAAAGAGUGGACAGCAAGGCCUUCUAUGAAAGCAGCCUGUUGUAUGAAAGAGAAAAACCAGCAAGAUUGUUGGAAGAGGAGGAGAACGUGGCGGCGGCUAAAAUACUACAGAAGCUCUGUAUGAAAUCUCGUCUGGAUUCUGAGUCCGCCGACCUAUUCAUGACGUUGGUCUUUGAGCUUCGACGUCUCUCUGCUGGUGCCUUGCUGAGCCUGUGGCGGGGAUCUCCUUCAAUGAAGUGUCAAGGCAACUGGCAACCCCUAGAGGACGCUCUCCCUUCCUGCGCAACGGAAGCCUGCGUGAUCCUGAUGAAAGAGAUGAUCAUUUCUGAAGAAGCAGAAGAGGAGAAAAUAGAAUCUUUCCUUUGGUCGCUCCCCUUUAUCCCUGAACCCACUGCAGGCAUGAUAGAUGCUCUGGCUCCUGUGCUGCAGUUACCACGAGGAAGACAGAAUGCCCUUUUGGGAAUAACUGCCCUGGUACAUCAUUUCUGUUCUGUGAGGGAUGGUUGUGACCAGGAGCCUGCAGUACGGGGAAUUAUGAAGAUUCUGAAAGGACACCUGGGGAGAAAAUGUACCUUGCAUGAGUCUGACGGAAUUGGCCAGAUGGAACUGACUUUAAAAGCAAUUGGAAAUGCGGGACUUGCAGCAGCACAUCUUGUGCCUAUCCUGAGUUCCUGUGCAACGCUGAAAAGCAACCCUCUAGAAAUCCGACUUGCUGCCAUAGAGGCCUUCCGGCGUGUUCCUUGUGCUGCCAAUCAUGGUGCAUUAGUCCGUCUGUAUCAAACCUACAAUGAAGAUGUAGAAAUAAGAAUAGCGUCUUAUCUCACGGCCAUGAAAUGUCCAAGCGAAGCAUUAUUUCACCAAGUUCAAUGGACUUUGCAGGAGGAGAAAUCCAGCCAAGUGGGUGCAUUUGUCUGGAGUCACCUUUCUGAGCUUCUGGAAACCGAUGACCCGCUGAAGCAACAUCUGAAGAAUUCCCUUCCAAAUGACAUCCUUAGCAAAGAAUUUGUCGGGGAGACGUGGAAGUUUUCCUCCUAUUCAGAUGUUACCUUCCACUCAGCUGCAGCUAGUGCAAACGUCGAGGCCAGGCUCAUAUUCUCCCCAGCAUCUUUCAUCCCACGCCUGAUGGCAAUGAAUUGGACAGUCCACCUGCUUGGACGGGCUAUCAAUCUCCUGGAGGUUGGCAUCCGGUUAGAGAAUGUAGAAGAUGUUGUGCAAAAGUUAUUUGGCUUCCAUCCAGGUCAAGGCACCAAAGAAAGAUACUCCAAGGAGGAACCUCCAAUGGAAAUGGGGCACAAAACGCCCACAAAUAAGCCAACAGUAGCCAAGAGAAAUGAUCCACCAUAUAAAGAAAGCAAGCCCAGCUUAGGAAAGGAAAAGCAACGCUGCCCAAGCGGGCAGUACAAUAAGAUGAGUGAGUUAGAGAAAAAGUUCACCAAAAGAAUGGGAAAAAAGAAACCAAAGUGUGGUCUGAGCGUGAAAGUCUUUGGGAAUGAGCUUGCUGUUUCGGACUGCAGGGAUCUCAGAAGUCAAGUGAAGCGCUCUUACCUGAACCUGGCAGAACUAGUCGUAAAAUUGCUAAAGGGCCAAGAAGUCCAGUUCAAUAAGAGGUUGAGUCUGGCCACGGAAGAGCUGCUGUUCCCAGUGAUCUCUGGCUUGCCAGUCCUCCUGGCUUUAAAUGCCUCAGCAGCUAUCAGUGCGGCAAUCAAAGGCAAUAUGGACUUCAAACAACGCAGUAAUUUUUUUCUCAAUGGCUAUAUCAAGCCAAGUGCUGUCUUUCAGAUUUCUGCUCAAAUGGGGACAGUGGGAGCUCUGGGGGGAACUGGCUUGAACUGGUCCACUGGACUGAGGUCAUCGACCAGCCUUGAUGGAGGGAUCCAGGUGAAAAAGGGGAAAGAGUUUAAUAUUUUUCUGAACACUCCCGAAGAAUCUAUGGAAAUUCUUUAUUUCAGCUCUCAACUGAAUGUAAUGACAGCAGAUGAAAUGGAAACUGUUCACAGUUUCCCAAGCCAUAGCAAGACCAGAUCAUGCACAAAUGAAGACGCGUCUAAGGCAUUGGGCUGGCAGCUGUGCGCCGAGAUUUCUAACCCUGGCAACAAGACUGGCAGCUUCGUUUUCCCAUUUGCUGGCCCUGUGAAAGCUGCCAUAACAUUGAGGAAGCAGGACCGAAGCCUACACCAGUACUUAAUAAAAGCUGCAUAUCAUUAUAUUUCUCAGAAAGGUUCCUGGAUCCCAAAUGAAGCUGGCCUGCAUUUCUUCAUGGGGACUCCGAAGUCAGAGCUGAAAAGGGACAUUGCUAUCGACUUCCACUUUAAUAUCCCCCAAAAGAAAUUCAGAAUUGAAUUUGUCCAGCCAAAGAAAAGAAUGCAAAUGAACGGAAAAAUUGAAGCCUCUAGAAAUUCCCGUGUUGGACAUCUGGAACUGAUACUAGAUGAUGACAACAUUUAUUACAUUAAGGGAAGAGCAGAUCUGCACACAGUGGCUGCAGAGCAGAGGUACACAACCCACCUGGAAGCCAAGUUGCUCAACCACGGAAGCCCCAUUGUUCUUUCGGGAAAUAUCACAAAGCAGCCUGGAAAGAAGAUGAUGUUUUCAGUGUCCUUGAUUAAUCUGCUGAAGGACUCAGCUUUCCUUGUAGUGUGCAUAGAGAAAAGGGCAGAUGAUAAGCUGAAGCAGUAUUCCCUGGAAGGAGAAACCCAUGUGCCAGGCGUUCUUGGAUCUCACAUUGUCGCUCUUCUGCAACAACGAGGAAACUUCUGGUCCAGUGCCCUGAGAAUGAAAUAUGGAUUGUUUGGAGAUGCGAAAAACCUUCAACAUGAAUGUACCAUGGGUCAGAAAUUAAAAGUGGAGAACAUCCUACAGAAUGCUUACAGACUGGAUCUCGAACAUGAACUUUAUUGCACUCAGAUCCUAGCCUACAACCACAAGGUACAUGUGCAUCAUGAAGAAACUGUGUCUCGGCUGCACUCCCAGGUAGAAGUGAACUAUGGAAAACACUGGGAUGAAAUCAACAACAAAAGGAGAGUGAUAAUCAGCCAGACAUUUACAAAUCAUUCCCGUCCAACUCUAAGUAGCUAUUUCAUGGAGUUCACAGUCCAAGUGCCAGAAAUGCAGGUGGAUUACAGGACUCAACUCCAGCACUCUUGUACCACAAAGAGUUACACAGAAAGCAGCACCAACUUUAAAGUGCACUAUAACAACCGCAUCCCCUUUGUGGUGGGGCUGCAGUGGAAAGAGACGUCGCGGCAGUCUCUGAAGAGCUGGGAAGGCAUGUUCAACAUGGACACUCCAUGGCUGUAUCUGUAUGCGGCUCACAAGCUACACCAGCCCCAGCGUUCAGCUUAUUUGGCUACUAUUGAAUUAACCACUGGGAAAGCCUUCACCAUCAAGGGCCUGGCAGUGGAGGUCUUCUGUAAGGACAAAGAUAACAAAAAGGAAGGGAGGAUUCUGAUCCACACACCAACCACUACCUAUUUGCACGCAUCCACAGUCAACCAUCUCGCAAAGGGGUUUCUGCACAGCCAGAGCGAAGUGGUCUCUAUGUGGAACCAGCUCAUAAAGAAUGAGAUUCAUGUGGAAAAUCAUGAAGGGACCAAGUUUCUCCUCUUCAGGAUCAAGUCUGCAAAGCAAGAAUUUAAUAUGACAAUGGCUUACUUUCACCUGGAGGUGCCGAGGAAGAUGAAUGUUACCAUCCAGGUUUUGUGGACGGGCCACAAGAACCUCCCGCCGCUUGGGCUGCAGUUUGAGAUGCAGAUCGAAGAAGUAAAGAAGGAAAAAAUGUUCUACCAGAAACGUGGGACUGUCCUGUUCAGACAUGCGUUUGAAGUGCCCAUUCCGCAAAGCUUUUUCCUCCAGGAAACCUUUACCGUGAACAAAAAGGAGAAGCAUUAUUUCUUGGAAACUAAAGUUCUGAUAAACGGGCUCGAAGAGUCUGUUCAAACGCUCACACUCGGCUAUCAAGCUGAAAAUCCGCAUAUUUGUGCUGGAUUGACUCAUCCAUACAACAGCAAGAUCUUCCCCCAAAACAUAGAGAUUUGCGCCGUAACUCAAAAUCUUACCUGUGCUAAAUGCGAGAUUGAGGUGACCCUAAAGGUCAACAGGAAAGAUGUCUUCAGCUUCCUGGGCAAGUACCAGAACAAAUCCAGCACGGCUGAUUCCCAACAUCUUGUACAAAUGGACAUGGCCCAUUCCUUCCAGCUCAAGUUUCCACAGUCAAUUGCUAUGACUGGGGAACUCUUUUCAAGGGAAACCGAGAUGGCUGAUUUUGGCUGGGGUUUGACAAUCAAAGCUACAAUCGACCAACAGGACAGCUCGCAGUUCACGGCUUGGCUGAAUGGAUCGAAGGCUGGUUUUGGAGUUUAUUCUCAACUUUUUAACCUGAAUCAAUCAAACUUUCCACCAAGUUUUCAGGCUCACAUCGCUACAAACCGAUACGGCAAGAACGGUCUCAAUGGAUCCUUUUGUCUUCAUUCCAAUGGAAAGGAUUUGGUGCUGUUGGAAGCAGACUUCAAUGGCGAGAUGAGGAAGGAUGCCAGAAGCAUCAGAGCGAGUGCUCUCCUAAGACAGGCCAUUCUGACACAGUUUAAAUAUUCAUGGCUGCAGUUCAUGGGCAAGUUGUCCCCAUCAAGAGUUAUGCUGUCUUCUGUGAUCGAGCUGAAUCAAAACGCCUUUCACCUGGGUGUCGCAGGCUCCAAAGAGCAGAAAGUGGGUCUUCUUCUGCUGAACCUCCACGGCAGUCUCCAGCAUAAUGUCCUUAGCUUAAAGCACGUCAUACCUCCGGAGGUUUCUCUGAGUGGCUCUCUCAAGCACAAGAACAACAUCCAUGAAGGCAUCAUGCACAUGGUAGUUAACCGGUCAGUGUUUGGAGUGCACGUCCGGAACAGAAACAUCUUUGGAAACGAAAGCUUUCACAACAUCGCUGUGGCUGUGACGCAGAAUGGUAGCCGUGCUUUUCCGACAGAGGCAAAGCUAAGAGGGCAACUGGAGCUCAAAAGAGGGAUCCAGAGGGGCUCAGCCAGUAUUCAGAUGGACACAAGAGUUCUCUGUGUUAAUAUCUCAAACAUCAUCCUUCAGGAGCAGAUUGGAGCCACCGGGAUGCUCGUGCACAACAUUAGUGGUUUAUAUACAGCAGAAAGUAGCAUCAUGGCCACGUAUAGCCACAUCAGUACCAACCACACAGUAAUGCUGAAACUGCAAGGAGGCCACAGAAGGAGGACUACACCAACUGGGGUUGAGAAGCUGCCCACGGAAACCCUUCACGCCCAGUUCAUUGCAAACGCCCAUCACAACAUGCCAGAUCUAAAGAAGCAUGGAAUACCUUUCAGGGUAGAAUCCACUUGCCAUUAUCAAAAUUUCAACAAGAAGCUUACAAUGGGGUUAACAGUCCAGGCCGGAGAAGAAGAAUUCAAGGUUAAACUGGAGAAUCGAGGCACCGACAGCGCAGCAGGAUUUUCCCUUUUCUUCCAUCAUGAUAUGGAACGCCUGCUUCAUACCCUUCCAUCAUUAGUUCAGGUCCAGUGUGAUGGAGAAUCCACAUCUCAUCAGCUUGCUGGCCACUGCAGUGGAGAAGUUGCCAAUCACUCACUGGAGGCACCAGCAAGAGUUUGGCUCAAUGGAUCAGUGCUGACAAGCAACUGUACAGCUGAUGUAGUCAGAGAACUUGUUUCCAAUGUCACCUUUACUCCAUUCCAUGCCCACACUGCCUGCAACCCUGAGCAUAAGGUGGAGAUCAGUCUCCGGCAUGUCUGGCCUUACCUGAGCUCUCUAGGUUUUGCUCAAGAGAGUCAGAUAAAUGUAGCCACUGUGAAAGGGGACAAGUACAAAGGUCUUCUGGAAGUCACUCUUGGAAAAUGCACGUUAACAGGCAAUGGAGAACUAAGGACAGAAGGCAAUGCCAUGGCUGCAGAAUGGAAAGUCAUUCUUCUGAAUAAAUGCGACAUUGUGGAGGAUCUUGGAGUUCCAAUAACAAUGGAUGGUUCAGGGCAUAUUUUAAUCAAUAAAACGAACCUUGAUUCUCAAGUAUUGUUUACUGCAGGAGAAAAUAGUUUACGUGGAUUCCUCAUAUUAAAAGUCCUGGAUACCAGGCAAGAGUUGCAUGCCUUGCUGGCCCAUAAUAUCAAAGGCAUCCUUCAUUUUGGCAUUCCUGCAAGGACGGUAGUAGAUUUAAUUUCAGAAAAGAAGGGUGGUAUUCGUAAAAGGCUGCUUCAGUUCAACGCGGACGGCAAGCAGAUCACAGAGGAACUGAGUUUUACACAAAGGCCGGACCACAUCGCUCUUGACUACAGGCUCACACAUAAUUUAGAGACUUUGCAGGCACUGUGGAUAGAAGACAGGAUAGAGCUGCAGGCUGCAGCGAGGCUAAUGGAUGUCAAGAACUUAAGGCUGAAGAUUCAGUAUAGUUCAUGCUGGAUAAUUGUUGGAGGACAAAUGCAAGUGGAUGAAGCAAGGAUGAAUUUAACAGGGAACUUUAAUCAUAAGUGGCCAUGGCUGCUAGGCUCACAUAUACCAGAAACCAUCCAGAUGAUUAUGUCCUUUGAAAUGAAUACCACUCAAGAGAGACGGAUCCAGACCAUGAGCGGACAGACACUGAUUACGUUUAUUGUGAACUCUCUCCAUGUGGACCAGCAGCACAAUACCCCCUGCUGCUGCCUGCAUAAUGUUACAGCAGUGAUAACAUCAAGACACCCCGAAGCCAUCAACCUGACCUUCUUGCUUCAGAAACUACAAAACAAGGCUAGAGUAGCAUUUCAAGGACAGUAUAAUAACGAAAGUAUGACCGUGGCUGUCUUCACUGGCUUUGAAUUGUAUGGCCCCUUGGAACUCACCGCAGAAGUAAAGCACUCCUUAAGUCAUCUCAGGCAUCUUGGGUUCCCUUUCAGCCUUAAGCUGACGCUCCUUGAGAUCUUGUCUGAAAACAAAACGGAAGCAUCCCUGAAACUGGCUUGUGACCCAAACCUAAAUCUGUUCUUUGUUUUCAGGGCUAAACAUAAGUUGCAAAGUGAAGAAUUACAUACCAAGUUGCUCCAGAACCUGCCAUAUCUCCUUCAGUAUUUCCCCAGCAUGGCUGAAGUUUCCUCAAAGGUGAAUUAUUUGACCAAAGAAGCAGAAGGUAAAUUUUCCAUCCAAAUGGAAAAUAAGGAUUUCCUUGUUUUGACAAAAUUAGCAUUUUCUGCAAGCAACCACACACACAUUCUUGAAUUGAUGCACACCAUGCCUCAGUUCACAGUCCUUCCAAGGCGAUUUGUUCUCACAACAGCUUACCAAACAAGCAAGAGAACUAGAGUACUGAGUUGGGUUGCGUUAUGGGACGGCAAAGAGGUAAAACUUGCAGGCAGUUACAGCGGACUCUUUCCAAAGAUAUCUGGAGGUCACGAACUGAAGGUGGAGAUCGGUCAUCCUUUCUUGAUCCCUUUUCCUCAGUGUUCAAUGCUCAGCCUACUUGCGGAGCAUUCUGUGCGGAGCCACAGGGACAAUAUUAUUGUUGGCUGGGACACAAAGGAGCAGGUCUCAGUAUCUUCAUCCCUCAAGUUGGGGAAAGAACGGGUCCAUUACUGCAUUGCUGUAGCUCACCCUUUUAACUUCACCAUGAAACACAUGGAGGUGCGUUCCCUAACAGAAAGCAGAAGAGGCACAUACAACCAGCAGGUGUGGCUGGCUUGGAAUGACGGGCACCCUUCUCAUCUUAAAUUUACUUUUGGAGACAAGUCCAAGCUCAACAUCACCCUUUGGGAUGCUUGUGUCAUAGCUUCCUUCGGCCAGGUUCAGAACAUUCUAAGUGUGGUGAAUCUCCAGGCCUGUGGGUCUCUCGAGCAGACCGCAGCCUUGUUCAAUCAGCACUUAGACCUGAAGUGGGAUGGCAAAAGAUUCAUGCAGAAUCUGACCUAUGAGAAAAGCAAGUCAUUGCAUCUGGAUAAAAUUCAGGUGGAAGCAAUUUUGGAAAACGUCUUUUUGACUUCAUGUUCCAGUCAGCACAUUCUGGGGAAAGUUGAAACGGACUACUCAGCUUGGCUUAAUUAUUUUAUGAGCCUUGGAGUCUGCGGCCUUCCAAAUGCAAUUGCGCUGUCUGGGAAACAUCAGCUACACAAGGGAGAUUUUAUCUUGCAAUCGGAAGGCAAGCUAAGCCUUGCUGGCAAGGUGGGGUCGAUCACGGUGGCCUUCAGGAAUCAUAGCACACCUGAAAUGAAGAACUAUUCCACAGAAAUUUCACUCAAAGCAUCAGAGGCUGUUUGGCUGGCUGUGACGGGGGGGUGGACAUCCUCAGGUGGUCAAUGUCAAAUCCUGGUGGAGGCCAAGACUGACCUGAAAGAGAAAGUGAAAUUAGCAGCUUCAAAAGGAAAGGAAUGCCUUCAGUAUUACAUGGGCUAUCUGAAAGACAACACUGAGGAUGGGCUGGAGCUUGCAGCUUGCACAGAUGGCCGACAGCACGUCGCUCUCAAUGCCUACCUCGUUGGUAACGGAGCAAGGCGAGAGGAAGUGGGGCGCCUGGCCCUAGAAGCCUCUAACCAAAGCUUGAGCAUCGAGGCCUAUGGCUGUGGGGAUCCACUUAUUAAGACAGAGACAAAACUGAAUGAGAUUACAUCCAAUCUGCAGCACAGACUGGUGGCAAAGAUCAAAAACCUAGAAGGACACCUUCGGGAUCUCAGGAAAUCGGUACAGCACAUUGACUCUCUGUACGAUACAGUUGGGUGGCCCUUGAAAGCUUCCCAGGAAGUAGCCGGGAUCCUCCAAAGCAAGAUGAGAGGAGCCGUCCAGUUGUGGAGACAGAGUGGAGUCAAGCAAGUGCUACAGGACAGCCUCCCACUUUACCUGGGAAAGCUUCAAGUCAUCAUACAACAAAUGCAGAUGGAGUUGCAAAAGCCAUUAACAACGCUGAACGAUGCCUAUUACGAUGUGACCUUGAAACCUUUGGAUGAGGUGUGGCAGCAGAGGACUGAUGAGUAUCUGAAGAAGCUCCAGGCUUUGGUGCCCACUGUGGUGAAGGACGUGUGGCUGAUGGAGCCAAUCCAAGUUUCACUGAGAACGUUGAAAACUGGAUUAGAUAUGGUGACACAGCAGAUGCUAAGCUGGGCAGAAGCAAAGUUCUCCAGAACAGUGACCAAGCUUCUGCAACCUCUAUCAAGCCUGUACAGUUUCUCAGCCAGAAACUGCUCCAUGGCAGUGAGAUUGCCAGUGAAGCCUAAAGGAGAGCCCACACUGGGCCUGGCCAGCAUCACAAACUAUCUCAUUGAAGAAAAACUUAUGAAGCCUUUCCGAGACCUGUACAGCAUCAACCCAGUUGCAGAAUAUUACAGGUUUAAGCAAACUAUGAUGGAAAGCCCAUUUGAACAUCAUGCCUUGUUGAUAGGGAACAAGCACCUGCAGACAUUUGAUGGGAAAAUAUACAGUUUGACCUCUGAAUGCAGCAUCCUGCUGGCCAAGGAUUUCAUUCAUGAUGCAUUUACUGUAAUAUUAAACCUAAGCAAAGGUAGCAGAAGAUCACUACACGUCGACAUGAAUGGUACUGCUGUUGUUAUCUACCCAGAACAGAAGCUCUACAAGAAGUACAACUAUUCCCUGUUGGCAGAGAACUGCCAACGUUUUGACAUUCCUCUUGAAGAAGACGAAGGCCUUGCAAUCCGAAGAGUAUCAGAUCUUGUAGAAGUGUCUACAACUAACGGGGCUUUAUUUUCAUGUGACCUUCGCUAUGACCUCUGCUCUCUUACCUUGGAUGGCUGGCAUCAUGGUGUGUCUGCUGGCCUUUUUGGUACCAAUGACAAUGAAGCUGGCAACGAAUGGAUGCUUCCAGAUCAUUCCUAUGCAGACAGCGUGCAAGAGUUCAUGGAGUCAUGGCAGGUGAGCAACCAGUGCAGCCCGGUGAAGAGGACCGACAAGGCAUGUCUUGAUGCAUCUGGCCCCCAAAUCUGCAAAACUUUCUUCCUGGAUUCUGACUCCCUCUUUAGGAACUGCUUCAGAGUUGUGAAUCCAGAACCAUUCUACAGCCUAUGCACAAAUGACAUGUGUGAACUGCAGAGUGUAAAACCAGCUUGCUCCUUGGCUGCAGCAUUUGUGAACUUGUGCAACAGGAAUUUUGUUCCCUUAGAGAUGCCGCUUCAAUGUGAUGGAGAACUGAGGCUGAAGGACAGCAGCUUGCCUAAGACCAUAGAAUGAGUCCAUGGCUGAGGGAGAGAUGGCACUCAGUUCUCCUGUAUCUCAAGGCCAAGUCUUGAACAGAGGGCUACACACAGGCUCUCAGUGUACUUUAUAUGUCUGGAGAUUCUUUCACUACAUUGCUUUACUAGUCCUGUCUCCUGCCAGUUGUAGUUUUUGAUUUCACAUUUUCCGAAGAUGGGCGAGACGUCCCUUUUCCUGCCUAGAACACCCUCACCAUGGUUUUAUCGUAAAACAUCCUGCUUGAAAAGCGACAGCAUCAACCAAAGCAGGAUUUACAAUUAAAUGAAAAAUCAAGCUUGCUAGGGUUGCAAGCCAAAAAAUAAUUAGGAGUCCUUGUUUUAAUUGAAUCAAAGCAACAUCUUGGGGUUUGUUUUUUUUUGCAUAUCCCUAAGCAACCAACUAGUUCUGCUCUUUAUAUCACAUGUCUUUAUCGAUCACAUUACAAAUAUGUGUCAGAAUUGCUGGCAGUGGGCUGGCCAAUGGGAUGUGCAUUUUCAUAGGAAACACAGAAAGGUGCCUUUUACCAGGUCAGACUAUUUGACCUUUGGGACCCUUACUAUCUAUCCAGGCUGGCAGCAGCUCUCAGGCAGAGGUUUCUCACAUCACCUGUUAUCUUAAUCCUUUUACCUAGAGAUGGAAUUGGGGGCCUUGUGCGUACUAAGCAUGUGCUCUUAUCAUUGACAUUUGUAUAGUCCCUCCCCAAUUGUUCUAGAUGUUUGCAUGAUCAGCACCAUUUGUCCACAACACAAUCAUCACACGGACAUUUUUGACAUGGUGGUAGAUGAAUGCAUGCAAGAUUAAACUGCCCCUUGCUAAGCUGAUCUAAGGCGAGUAUUGGUCCUGUGUUAAUACUCUUGAACAAGACAGAGUAAAACGCUUCCUUUGCCUGUUGCAGAUUCUCACUUUUAUUUUGUGUUCCAACCCAACAUUUCAAAAAUUUUACACUGAAAACUAAUGGCUAGAUCGCUAUCGAUGGACUGCCUUAUAGCCGAACAUUAUUCAAGGCACAUCCUCUCUUCUGUCUAGUUGGGCGAUGGAGGAAUUUGCCUUUUGUAUGCAGUGAGAACUAGGCUUAGCGGAAAGGCAAGGGACGCUUGAUACAAUGGGUGUGAAAGCAACGGAUUCUGGGAGAAAACGUGAGCUAUCUAGGCUGCAUCAGGGCUGAAUGGGCCAUAGUCAGUGGCAGAGCAUCUGCUUUGCAUGCGGAAAGUCCCAGGUUCAACACCUUGCAUCUCCAGGCAGGGCUGGGAGAAACCCUUGCCUGAAGUCCGGGAGAGCCACUGCCUGUCAGUGCAGACAAUACUGAGCUAGGAGCAGCAGUAGUCUGAUUUAGUAUAAGGCAGCUUCCUAUAUCUGCUCCUUUGGGGGAAAGGGCCGUAGCUCAGUGACAGAGCAUCUGUCUCGGAUGUAGAAGGUCCCAGGUUCAAUCUCUGCUGUCUUCAGGCAGAGUAACUUGGCAGAGACUCCUGCCUGAAACCCCAGACAGCAGCUGCCAGUCAGUGUGGACGAUACUGAGCAGAAUGUGUAUGUAAUGGCAUGUUAGAAAUCACUGGAUGAAAUAUCUCGCCUGUUAUACGAUUUUAGGUCUUAUCCGUUAAAUAGUUUGGAAUAUUUUGAUCUAACAAUAAAAAGCAAU